CCUUCGAUACCACUUCGCACCACCCUAUCUGCUCCCUUCCCUGCCAACUGUGAGGCGAGUGAGUGGAGCUUAUUGCCACCUAUGGUAGGGGCAGUGCACCGAUGGCCGGCGGGCCUGGUGAAAGUGCGUGAGAGGAGUAAUGGGCUCCGUGUAGUUUGAUGUGACGAUGAAGAUUGUGAGCCAGCGCGGUGGUGCACACCCCUGCUAGGGUACACCUGUGGUGGCUGAACCGCCCCGGCCAGGCACGCUCGUUUCCCUCGCAAUAUUGUUCUCUCCAUCUCGACUGCAUCGUUCUGGGAGCAUCACCGUGUGUACUUUCCGCCGCAGCAUCGUCGGAAGCCAGUCAGGAUCUGUCGAGAUACAGAAAUUUCCAUUUGCAAUACCUGUUGGAAGGUGACGUGUCCAGUGUUUGCAGAGCUGUUCGAUAAGGGUGGAGCUCUGUCUUCUGCACUGCUGAACGUGGAGCUCGUCCGUGCUCUUUAACCUCGUUCAGCGCUCUAGAACCCGUGAUUUAGCCAUGGCUCCAGCGCCCGCUGCGGUGCGCAUCAUAUUGGGGUCUCAGUCGCAGUCGCGACACGCGAUUCUGCGAGAAAUGGGAUACGCGAACUUCGAAGUCGUCACGGCGGACAUCGAUGAGGGAGCUAUCCGAGCGCCCUUGGCAGAGGAUCUCGUGGAGAUGUUGGCGCAUGCGAAAGCGGAGGCCAUUCUGGUGAAGUUGGCGUUGAAUCCUGAAAGAAAGCAGGCGGACAAAAAUGCUCCGGUGCUGCUGAUUACCGCGGACCAGGUGGUGGUGCACGAGGGCGUCAUCCUGGAGAAGCCCAAGAGCGCGGAGGAGGCGCGACGGGUGAUCCGAGGGUACACCAGGUCGCCGGCAACUACCGUCGGAGCCAUUCUUGUGACGAAUUUGGCCACCGGAGUGCGGGUGGGUGGGGUGGACAAGGCGGAGGUUUACUUCAAUGAGAUCCCGAACGAGGUGAUCGAAGCUCUGAUCGAGGAAGGGAGCGUGUUCUAUUCCGCUGGGGGAUUGUUGGUGGAACAUCCGUUGGUGUCGCCCCUGGUUGAAGCCAUGGUAGGGACGAUAGAUAGUGUGAUGGGUAUGUCGAAGGAGCUCACGCAGUCUCUCAUUACACAAGCUUUGGCAUCGCAGGGGGGAAGCAGCGGCAUUGAGUGAGGCAUUUUGUGAUUUAUUUAUCAGUUUGUGACAGGGUACAGUUGGGGAACGCGCUUCAUGCGCCAGCAGCGAAAUGUUGCCGACUUAUUUUGGUUUCUACGCCCUAGCGUAUUAUUUAUGCGCUACACAUCCUAUUGGGCUGGAGCAAGCUCAAAACUGCUGUAUACAUUUGUUUUAGGAUUUAGACGGCAAGGGUCUAGAGGUCCCCAUCCCAAAGCUGCUCCACCGUCUUGUGCGGACUGGUUGUAUCAUUCACGAACGUCCCUUCGCCCGAGAGAAGACGAUGCUGCAUGUCAAUCGGUGAAGUGUCAUUCGAGGGCUUCAAAGUGUAUGGUAUCAAUUCAGAAAAAAAGGUUCAACUAGUUGUUUCCCGAAUGGAAAUCAGGUGUUCAAAGAAGGACA